AUGGAAAAGAAAUUACUUACUAUCGAGGUUAUUACUGCUGAAAAUUUCAAAGAUUAUCAAGGUUUUGACCUUGCCGAUUUUGAUCGUCAUUCACUAUUUUCUGACGUACAUACAUAUAAGGUUCAGAAAAUCAAAACUUAUGAUGUUUUUAAAAAAGAUAUUUCUCAAACUUUCAAUAUUCCUUCAAAACAAAUAAGAUUCUGGGUCUUAGUGGAACGUACAAAUAAAACAACUCGACCUGAUGUUCCAAUCCCAGAAUCUUAUUUUAAUAAAAGUAUGGAGGAAAUUCGUGCAAAAAUGGCUCCCCUGCAGAAUGAUUUGAGAUUAUACAUGGAAGAAACAGACGAACGAAACGACAAGACAUUGUUCCCUACAAUUGAGGAAAUUAGGAAUAUAAUUGUUUUUCUCAAGUAUUUUGAUCCUGAUACACAAACUUUAAAGGGUCUGGGCCAUUUAUAUGUGCAAGAGUUUGAUAAAGUUGGAGAUUAUACUAGUAUUCUCUGUAAGAGAAAGAACUUUCCAACAAAGACUCCUUUGAAAAUAUAUAAAGAAAUCAAACCAGACAUAAUUGAAGAAAUGAAUCCUAAAUACACUUUCAAACAAUUAGAAACUCAAAAUGGCGAUAUAAUUUGUUUCCAAAAAGUUUUAUUAAACUGGAAAAACAAUUUGCACAUUAAGGAUAAUCGUAUCCAUGAAAUUCCUACGUUUUAUAAAUUAUUAUCAUCAUUUGUUACUGUUACUGUUAAUGUUGUAACUGCCGAAAAAUUCAAUAAGCAUCAAGGAUUUGAUCUUGUUAAUUUUGUAAAACCUCCAGUUUCUAAAAUACAUUCAUAUAAGAUCCUAGAAAAUACAACUUACGGCACUUUUAAAGAAAAAGUUCCUCAAUGUUUUAAUAUUCCUUCAGAACAAGUGCGAUUCUGGGUCUUUGUAAAGCGUCAGAAUCAAACCAUUCGACCCGAUCUUCCAAUACCGGAAUCCUCUUUUAAUAAAAGUAUGGAGGAAAUCCGUAAAGAAAUGGCUCCCCGGCAGAAUGAAUUGAAAUUAUACAUGGAGGUAGCAUACAAACUAAUAAAUGGAAAGACAUGGUUCCCUUACGUUGAAGAAAAUUGGAAUAUUAAUAUAAUUGUUUUUCUCAAGUAUUUUGAUCCUGAUACACAAACUUUAGAAGGACUCGGUCAUUUAUAUGUACAAGAGUUCGCUAAAGUUGAAGACUAUACUCAUGUUUUCUGUAAAAGAAAAAAUUUCCCACUAAAUGUUCCUUUGAAAAUAUAUGAGGAAAUCAAACCAGGCAUGAUUGAAGAAAUGAAUCCUAAAUACACUUUUAAACAAUCAGAGAUACAAAAUGGUGAUAUAAUUUGUUUUCAAAAGGCUUUAAUGGAAAAGGAAAUUCAAGAGUAUACUAAAUCUGGUCGUAUUUAUGGUAUUCCUCGAUAUUAUGAAUCUUUGACUUUACUUACUGUUAUUUCAUUUAAGCCAGAAUGGCAAGGUUACUUUGAAUUUGACCUAAUGUUAAAUAAAAAAUUGACCCGUUAUCAAGCAUGUAUACUCUUUUACACGUCUUUUGCUGAAGCAGUUGCUCUUCAUUUAAAUGUCAAUCCUUAUAGAAUACGAUUUACCAAUACAUUUCCGUUAUUUGACACGUCUGAUCAAACUCUCAAUCAGGCUUAUUUAUAUGCACCAAUAUUAUAUUAUGAGAUAUUUGAUUUAAAUAUUACAGAAUCAAAUCUAGAAGAGGGAAAAUUCUUUAAAAUUAUUUGGCUUGGAAAUACUGUUAAAGAUGAGGAAAUCAUUGAUAUUUGUCUUCAAAAGGAUGGUAUCGUUAGUGAAAUCAUAGAAGAAAUUUUAAAAAAGAUGACAUUAUCAUCAAAUAUCAAAAUCAGAUUAUAUGAAGUUAUGAAUCAUAAAAUUCAAAAGGAAUAUAAAGAAACUGAAUUAAUUGGUAGGAUACAUGAAUUUAUGACAUUAUAUGCAGAGGAAAUACCUCAAGAUGAAUUACUCGCUAAUUCUCAUGAUCAAAUAAUACAAGUAUAUCAUUUCACAAGGGAUCCAAUGCAAACACAUGGAAUUCCAUUUAAAUUUGUUAUUAAAAAUGGUGAAACAUUUGCUGAUAUUAAGAUUCGUCUUCAAUUUCGACUUGGUAUGAACAAAACCGAAUUUGCAAGAAUAAGGAUUGCAAUUAUACCUGAGUUCACAUACAAAAAACUUGAAUACCUUGAAGAUGAUGAUAUAAUCGUAUCAGAAAAGGAAUUGUCGAGUACAGAUUAUCUAGGUCUUGAUCAUGUAGAUGAAACUGAGAGCAUGGAGAAAAUUACUUACAUUCGAGGAUAA